AUGGAUUCUGAAUAUCAACAACGUGUCCCACCUACUGCUUCAAAUAGACGACGUCGCGAAUUGGAUGUAGACCAUCAACGGGGACGAGGGCGUGGGCGAGGACGAGGUCAAGGUCGUGGUCGAGGUCGUGAUCCAGUUUCGGUAAAAUAUGAUAUUCCCAGUGCCAGUCAAAGUGGGGGCCGAAGCCAAAGACGAGUUGAAGGUUAUGAUAUGCCUGACAUUGCUGUGGAGGAUACCUCUUUACCUGAUUCUCCUCCUGUCCAGGAAGAGUACCUUACUCAUGUUUUUCCAGGUGGACCGAAUGAUCCGUCAAUACUGCGGAAUUUCAAUAGUCAUGUGGCUGCAGCUAUUUGGCACGGGGAGAUCCUUGCAUGGCCAUGGUGGUUAGUAGAGAACAACACCAGAUUCAAAGCCAUUAUUGAGCAGUCUGGACUGUCACAGUUAGCUCGUUGCACCUAUCGGUUCGUCAACAAGCUUCUAGUCUCAUGUUUUGUUGAGAGAUGCGAACCUGAGACGAACACAUUUCACAUGACAGUUGGUGAGAUGACCUUGACCCUAGAUGAUGUUGGCACUAUUCUUGGCCUUCCCAUUGUAGGCAAAUCAGUCAGCAUACCAGAUGUGACAGAUCAUCAUGGAGUUACAUUACUCGUUUAUGGCUUGGGGAUUACUGAACGCGCAGCAUAUGAAGAGGUUUCUUCUGCUGGUGCGAGAUCAGUCUAG